AUGAGUGGGAAACGAACCAGAAGCUUCAAAUGCGCGGUUCACCAUCGUGACCGUGAGGUCUGCUCAGAAAACGAUUUUCACCUGCUCGUGCACGAGCCACCUCUUUUCCGCAGGAUGGUCCGCAUGAUCGGCGACGAAUUCCUGACAGAGGAAAGGGACCGGAAGUAUUACGCCGAUCACUACACUUGUUGCCCGCCGCCUCUUUUCAUCAUCCUCAUCACCCUUGUGGAGCUGGGUUUCUUCACAUAUUACACGGUGGCGAUGGGGGAGGUGAAUCCUUCGGGCCCGGUACCAAUCGAUAGUGUCUUCAUUUACAGACCGGACAAACGUCUCGAGCUCUGGAGGUUCGCGUUCUACAUGUUCCUUCACGCUGGGUGGCUUCACCUGCUGUUUAACCUGGGCGUGCAGGUGGUCGUGGGACUUCCCCUGGAAAUGGUUCACGGUAGCCUCAGGAUCGCGGCGGUCUACAUGGCUGGUGUUCUUGCCGGUUCCCUGGGCACUUCGGUGUUCGACACGGACGUGUACCUCGUUGGCGCCAGCGGGGGCGUUUACGCCCUUCUUGCGGCUCAUCUGGCCAACGUGCUCCUUAACUAUAACAACAUGGAGUUCGGCAUAGUACGGUUAAUAGGCAUCUUCGUGAUUGCCAGCGCUGACGUGGGGUUCGCAAUCUACGACAGGUACGCAGCAGAACAAAUGGGCCCGCCGGUCUCGUACGUGGCGCACCUGACAGGCGCGCUGGCCGGUCUGACGAUCGGUCUCCUGGUGCUGAAAAAUUUCGAGCAACGGCUGCACGAGCAACUGCUCUGGUGGGUGGCGCUCGGCGUGUACGCGGCCUGCACGAUCUUCGCGGUUAUGUACAAUCUGAUGCACCCGGACUAUCCAUGACGUGAGGUCAGCUUCGCGUACGGGCAACCACGAAACACGUAACGCGAAGCUGAACAGGGUCCAGCGGGGACGAACGACGGCAGCGGCUGGUGGUGGUCGCGCGGUGGACAU